CAAUUUUAGCUCACGAUUGGCCAACGUAAACAUGACGUAAUUUACGUAAGCAAACAUGGCGGUUGAGCUGCAGAUGAGUUUUGUUGCCAUGUGAAAUUUGUCUGAAAUGGCACAUGUUCAAACCCCACCUGGUAGGGUGGGCAAAACGCCCGUGAAGAAGAAGUACAGCCACCCAUGGUUCUCCCGGAAGGCCAAAACAAACUACUGUAUUUUGUGUCGCAAGUCUCAUUUGAAAAUUGAAGCACUCGAGCAUGUGCAUGGUAUGCUGCAUCACAGAGAGCUGGAUACAGUGCUGGGCAAGGAUUCAUUUCAUGACUGCCAGGCGUGUAAUGCAUCUUCCAUGGACUUAAAUCAGUAUGCUAAGCACAUUUCUACUGAGCAACACAAAGCCAAGUUGAAGAGUUUGAUUGCUAAAAAUAUAAAGCCCAUCUCUCUGUGUAAGACUCUGAGCAAAGAGACCAUGGACCACAUCCUGAAGAGAAACAAGACAAUAAAAAAAGAGAUGAAGAAAGUAAAGUGCAAGGAAAAAAAGAAACAGAAGCAAGUAGCUGGUCAGCAGCGUGCAAACAUGCAACAGGGAGCCAGCCAUAAAAAUCAAGUGAACUCCAAACAAGUGAAGAUGAGGAGACUGCAACAGAAAACCUACCAGCAAGGAGGAAACAAUGCUGUUGUUCAAAACAAAGAGAAUAAAGUGUCCAGUCUGCAAAGGCCUCUUCACCAAAGAGAAUCAACUCUGCAGAAUCAAAGUGGAAGAUUGCCUUGUUUGUCAGGGGAGCCUGCAGGUCAAAGUUGUCAUUCCCCUCAUGUUCGAGACCAGUUCACCCAAUCAGCUCAGCAGCUAAGGUAUGAUGACAACUUUUCGGUAAAAAUUGAGAACUCCCAAACAGUUAGACUUGUUAGAAGACCAGACAACACUCCAGCAGGGGCCACUAAAAAGCCAGGAAGAGAACCCAUCAGCCAGAAGGGCUAUUACAACCAGCAAUACGAUGGAGACUUCACCAGUGAUCACCUUCCUCAUGAUGGAGCCAUCAUCUUUGUUCAUGACCAGAAUGAGAGUAUGGGAUCUACUCAGCCAGCACAAGAAUGUUCAGCUCAACCUGAUCCAGCAAACGGAUCCGCCAACGCAGCUCCCAUACGGGAUGUCGAUGUCAGUGCAAUGCUACGGCAAAUCAGAAGAGCGCUGGGCGUGAGGGAGCCGUGCAGAGCUGACCGUGAAGCCCGGAAGCAGAACAGUGACCGGGUGGCCGAUUACAGCACCACGCAACAAGCUGGAGCUGAGAAAGAGCAGCAGACCGGUGGCUCCUUUAGGAACAAUGUCAACAAUGCUACACUUCACAUCCCCUCUCCUGAUGCUACACCUGUGCAAUCUUCACAGGUCAACAGCACUGAUCCCUCCAAUAUUGCUCCUCCUAAGCCAAAGCAGGCAACAUUCAAAAUGACACAAGGAACAACUCAGCAUUGUGAGAAGAGCUCAAUGUUUGCAAGUUACUCAAAUGGACCAUCAAACAGCAGGGAGAGGGAAUCUCAGGGGACCACCGACAGCCAGUGCUCGACCACAUCCUCUGAGCCCAACCUGAACCUCACCCAAAAGGUUCGGGUUGCUCACAACUUAGCCAAAGUUCAGGGGGGGAAAGAGGCUGGGCUUAAACCAACCCUGAAGAAAUUGUUCAGCUCAUCAGGGGCCAAGAGUAAGUCAAACUGGAGGACAAUAAAUGAAGAGACGAAAAUGAAAAAGCAGGAAAGUGGCAAAGCCACACCCAGGUUUGGAAUUCAGUUUGUGAACCGUCUGUCUGACCAAGAAAGCUCAACACAAGCAAAGGACAAUGACAUAAGUCUGUCAGAAGGCUUUCACUGGGAGACGUUCCCAAACAGUCCUUCAGGUGCACACUGGACCAAUCUACCUCCUCAGCAUACAACAAAUAAUGACUCUCAUCCAGAAACACAGUCAGAUUCUCAGCUGCAGGAGCCUUUGGAGCAGCCUGGUGCAGCACUGGAAGGCUGCAGCAGUAAGACAGUCGAAGCUCUCUCUGUGAAGGUGGAGCUGAACUGGAAGGAUGAUAAUGGAGAUUUGAGAGCCAACAGUAAUGCCAGCAAGAGGAAACACAACAUGAAUGAUGGCAUUUCUGAUAAGGAGCAAAGUGGAAAAAAGAAAAAAACAAAGUCAAACAAAGACCAGAGCCAAAUGGACCAGCUCUUGGCUGUGUCUCUGAGGGAGGAUGAGCUGAGUCACUCAUUGCAGGAUCUGGACAAGUCUCUGGUCCAGGCUCGGAAUGCCCUGCAGGCUGCCUACACAGAAGUCCAAAGACUCCUGCUAUUGAGACAGCAGUUUACUGCUGAGGUCAACAGUCUGAGAGCCCAGCGCAUUGAAAUCCUGCAAGGGAUGCAAGGAGGGUACACAGGUGCAUCUAAUGUAGCAGAGAAAGCCCCCUUUUCAUCAGCAGGGGCUAAUGCUAGCGUGCAGCCAAGACUCUCUCCCCUUCCUUCCUUUAGUGCUUUCCCAACCUUCUACAGCCAGCAACAAUCUCCCACAAACCAAGCAUCUUCCGUUAGCCCCCUUGCCCUGCUAGCCAUGCCAGUAAAGCAAGAAUCAGUCCAACUAACCCCAGCUGGACAGGCCAGUCAAUUUCCCAUAACAUUGUCCUGUAACUCUGAUAUACUUCAAGUACCUGCAAACCAACCUGUGCUCCCUUCCCUGCUGCAUCAGUCCCCACACUUAGCUGCUCAUACAACUGCUGUUACCCCUCUCAAACAACUGAAAACGGACUGCUCCACAUCAGCAAAUACAAAUAAUUUCCCUGAAUCAUCUGCCGGGCAACAGACAGUGAGGAUGUCAGCUGACAGUGAUUCUGAGGAAGAGAUGGGAGGAAAUCUCUGCAUAGAACAAGUUAAAGAAAAAGAGCCAGUAGCAGAGAAGCCAGUCUCCACUUUUGACCCCAAAAGAGGUCAAAAUGCAUCUGCUGCAGCACCAGACGACGAUGGAGGGAACGAGAGCGAUGCCUCCGUCAAAAUGGUGGAGCCCUCCGGCCUGGUGGUCAUCGACAUUGAUGAAUCGGACAAUGAGGCUGCACCAAAUGUUCCAGUCCACCAAGAGCCUCCUGAGAAGUCAGUCAGUGUGGAGUUCAGUUCAUUAAGCACACAGACGUCUCAGCAAAAUUACACCGAGAGAAAAGUUGAGCCCAAAUUUGUGCCAGUUGACGUAGUCGAGGAUGAGGAGCCGUCCGUGGGAUCUUUUUUCAAUCACACGGGCCCCGUCCACGGCCUCCAUGUUCACGAGGGUCGGUUGUACACAUGUUCAGGGGACAACACAGCACGGGCCUACAGUCUGAUGACCAGGGAGUGCCAAGCAGUUUUUGAGGGUCACACAAACAAAGUCAACUGUCUUCUGGUGUCGUCCCUCCCAAACAUGCCGUCACGCCUCUACACCGGAUCCAGUGACCAGACUAUUCGCUGUUACAGCAUAAAGACCAUUAAGUGUCUGGAGCAAAUCUUGCUAUCAGACAGAGUGUUGUGUUUGCACAUUGCCUGGAACAUCCUGUAUGCUGGACUCGCCAAUGGUUCAGUGGCAAGCUAUGAGUUAAAGACUCUGAAGAACUUAGAUGUGCUUGAGUGCCACGGCCCGCGAGGUGUGAGCUGUCUGGGGACAGCACAGGAGGGCGCUCGCCGAGUGCUGCUGGUUGGCUCCUACGACAGCACCAUCAGUGUACGAGAUGCCAAGAGUGGCCUGCUGCUGCGUACGCUGGAGGGUCACACCAAAACUGUACUCUGUAUGAAGGUGGUAAAUGACCUGGUCUUUAGCGGCUCCAGUGAUACAUCUGUUCAUGCCCAUAACAUCCACACGGGUGAGUUGGUUCGUAUCUACAAGGGUCACGAUCAUGCUGUCACAUCAAUAGUGAUCUUAGGGAAAGUGAUGGUGACAGCCUGUCUGGAUAAACUGGUCCGAGUUUAUGAGCUACAGUCCCAUGACCGCCUGCAGGUGUACGGGGGCCACAAUGACAUGGUGAUGUGCAUGGCCGUACAUAAGAGUGUGAUCUAUACAGGCUGUUAUGAUGGCAGUGUUCAAGCUGUGAAGCUCAACUUGAUGAAGAACUACCGCUGCUGGUGGCAGAAUUGCGCUCUGAUCUUCGGCAUGGUGGAGCAUCUUAUACAGCACCUCGUCAGAGAUCACAGCAACCCCAAUCUGCAAGCGGUCAAAUGUCGCUGGAGAGGCUGCAGCACAUUUUUUGGCACACAGCAGUCUGUUAAGCAGAAAUUGCCUGAACACAUGCAGAGACACGUGGAGAAUGACAGUACAAUACAGCCUUGACAGCAGCAGUGGUUGUUAGGUGAUGCAGCAGAUAAGGUUGGAGUCACGUUCAUUACAACACAUGGGCUGAUUUCUUUUUGUUUCAAAAUUCUUUUCAGGGUUUUAUGUUCCGUUAGAUCAUUCAUUUAUUUUCUAGCUGUUGAGGUGCUGAUUACAACUCGUUGGUCUCGUUGGUCUUGUGCAUAUUGUAUAAUCUCUGUGAUGGUGAGACGAGACAGGCCACUUGUUAUUGAUCCCUGAAGCCGUUGUGACAGGAUUGAGACAUUCAAUCUCACACACUCAAUCAGUUCUGUUGUUAAAAUAAUUAUUUUAAUAAUUGUUAUAUUUUCUUUUUUAGCUGUUU